CGGGCGCGGGCCGCGCCGCGCCCCCCCUCCCCCGCGGGCGGGCGCCCCCGGGCGCGGGCCGCCCCAUGGCCGCCAGCGCGGCCGUGGGCGGCGUGGAGGUGCUGCUGCCGCGGGCGCCGAGGGGAGUGGUCGAGGCCCUCGCGGCGCUCGGGCAGCGGGUCGUGUCUGGCGAGGACGCCGCGCUCGCGCGCGAGGCGCUCGAGGCCGAGGCCGCGGGCUACCCGCUGGCGCGGCUGUGCCUCGCCGAGCUCUACCUGUCCGGCGCGGACCCCGAGCUCGGCGCGAGGGGCGACCUGGCGACGGAGGGCCCACGAAGCGCGCCCCCUGUCAGAGGAGCUGCUGCUCUUCCUGGCCGCGUGCGCCGAGGCCCGGCGGGCGCAGGGAGAAAGAGCGGCCUCACCGGAGCUGCCCCCCCGCGAUCGGGGACGUCCUGUCCCGGGGCGGCUGGGAGGUCAUCACGGCGGAGGAGGCCGGCCUCCGCGCGAGCCGCUUCGUGGCGCACGCGGAGCAGAGGCUGGCGCGGGCGCUCGAGGAGCAGCAGCAGCUGGCGGAGCUGCUGCGGCGGGAGCAGCUCGCCCGCCAGGCCGCCGAGGCCCAGGCCCGGCAGGCCUCGGCGCGGGCCGACCGGGCGGCGCAGGAGGCGCUGCGCGCGCGGGAGGCGACCGACAGCGCCUGGGCGGAGGCUCAGCAAGCCCGCGUGGAGUGCGAGAAGCACCGCCUGCUUUCCAAGCAGCUGCUGUACUCCGAACUGCGGCGGGAGGCCCUCGAGGGGGGCGCGGAGCCGUACCCGUACGGGGUGAGGGUGUGCGACGAGGACCCCGUGUGUUUGGUCGCCUGGCAGGUCGGCCGGCCGGAGCCCGAGACCCGUCUCCUGUCCUGCGCCGUGCUGCGAGCCAGGCUGGGUGAGGGUCGGGGCCGGAAUUCGUCUCCGUCUCUGGGCGAGGGACCGCUGGCAGCCCCCCCGGGGGGCCGCGCGGCCGGCCCGCCCGCGCUGCGCCUG